AUGCCACUUUUGAAUAAAGUCURCUUCRGACCCCCAGGAGGACCAGGGUUACACGACCCAUGUGAGAAGGAGCUGACCAACACCCUGACGGCCAUGACAGACGAGGAGGCUGAGGCCAUCACCUACAAUGCACAGCACUCUCCUGAGACUGAUGGCGUUUGGUCAGAUCUACAAGGUGCUGGAGAUGGACCUCUACCCUCAGUAAACCCCAGAAGUACCCCUGGUCAGACAGGAGGGCUCCCGGCUAAAGAGGCCUUAGAGGACGGGCCCACGGACGACAAAGACCUCAUCAAGAAAAUGAAGAGGAACCUGAGGAAAGUCCUCGACAGCAAAGCAAUAGACACCAACCAACCAAUGAAUGCUCUGAUGCGUCUGAAUCAGAUACGUCCAGGUCUGCAGUACAAGCUGCUGUCCCAGUCCGGCCCGGUCCACGCUCCUGUCUUCACCAUGUCUGUAGACGUAGACAGCACUGUGCACGAAGCCUCAGGCUCCUCCAAGAAAACCGCCAAGCUGCAUGUUGCUGUGAAGGUCCUUUCAGGCGAUGGGUUACCCUACAGGGUUUGAUACGGACCUGGACUGCAGUGCAGACGAGAAGUCAGACGGAGAGGGGAGAAGUGAAUCGUCCACACA